GAGAGAGAGAGAGAGGAUGCAAGUGCAACAUAUGACAUGAUUUACUUUGUACGCUGAGGAAGGUUCACAAAAAGCCCCAAAAGAUCGAAAAUAGCAGAGACAACAUUGUAUGAAAACUCCCGAUUGGGCAACUCUCCGAUCCGGCCACACCAUUUUCUCCGAUACUUGAAUCCAAUCACAGAUAUUUGGAAAGAUGUCUGGCCAAAACCAGCGUUUGAAUGUAGUUCCCACUGUGACAGUGCUUGGGGUCAUUAAAGCUCGCCUUGUUGGUGCUACUAGAGGUCAUGCUCUUCUCAAGAAGAAGAGUGAUGCUUUAACUGUGCAGUUCCGUCAGAUUCUUAAAAAGAUUGUCUCCACAAAAGAAUCAAUGGGAGAGAUCAUGAAGACCUCUUCAUUUGCCUUAACUGAAGCCAAGUAUGUUGCUGGAGAGAACAUCAAGCACAUCGUCCUUGAGAAUGUCCAAAAUGCAUCUCUUAAAGUUCGAUCAAAGCAAGAAAAUAUUGCUGGUGUGAAGCUCCCCAAGUUUGAGUAUUUUACUGAUGGUGAGACUAAGAAUGAUCUUACUGGAUUGGCUAGAGGUGGACAACAAGUUCAGCUCUGUCGUACGGCUUAUGUGAAAGCAAUCGAGGUCCUUGUUGAGCUUGCUUCACUUCAGACAUCAUUCCUGACUCUUGAUGAGGCAAUCAAGACCACUAAUCGUAGGGUUAAUGCGCUAGAGAAUGUUGUGAAGCCGAGGUUGGAGAACACUAUAAAUUACAUUAAGGCGGAGUUGGAUGAGCUGGAAAGGGAGGAUUUCUUCAGGUUAAAGAAGAUACAGGGUUAUAAGAAGAGGGAAAUUGAGAGGCAGCUUGCAGCUGCCAAGCAGUUUGCUGAGGAGCAGUUUGCGGAGAAGGUAUCUUUGCAGAAAGGGAUUUCAAUAAAUUCAGCUCACAACUUAUUAUCUGCAGGUGGAGAGAUGGAUGAGGAUAUCAUUUUCUGAUUUGGAGGGUUAGUUUAUAUGUUCUUCGUGGAAAAUUACGAGUAUUAUUUAAUUGAGGAGUGUCUUGAAUAAAAGUUUAAGGUAUGUUUCUUUUUCUUGUGUAUUGUUUCUGAAUAUGAUUUUGUUACUGGUAGUUCUGAAAUAUUUAUUGCCUGGAGUUGAUUUUUUCAAGACGGCAUAUUGAAUCAGUUGUCAUUUUAUGUA